AUCAAUCAGAGCUCGAUUCUCACUUUGGACCAUCUAAAUCUUCCUGUGAAAAGAAGGGCUUCCUGUAACCAUACUCUUCGGGACAUUUUGAGUAUAAAAUAUCCGCGAGCAUGUUCAAUAUAAUUGCCAAUUUUCUCUCCUCCAUCAUCACAGUCCUCUUUCCCAUCUUCGCGUCUUACAAGGCUCUCCGAACGUCUGACCCUGCGCAAUUAACGCCAUGGCUGAUGUACUGGGUUGUGCUUUCUUGCGCUCUCCUCGUGGAAUCAUGGACUGAAUGGAUUCUUGUAUGGGUUCCAUUCUACCCAUGGAUUCGUCUCCUCGCACAUACCUACCUCGUACUCCCACAAACCCAAGGAGCCCGACAGCUUUACCAGGAGCGCAUUCACCCGUUCCUUGCCCACCACGAGGCUGAGAUUGAAGCGUUUAUCGGCAACGCCCACGAGCGACUCAAGGCAGCUGGUCUGCAAUACCUCAAACAAGCUAUCGAUAUGAUCAAAGAACACGUUCUCGGAUACCCACCCGCUAGACCUGCAACACCGCCUCCGCGUUCUUCCUAUGGAGCACCGUCAUACGCGCAAACAUUGCUCGCACGCUUCAACUUACCAAGUGCCCGUGAAGGCCUUGCCGCCCCAGCUGGUGAUCUGUACGGCUUCCUGAGCGCAGCACUUGGCCAAACAUCCUCUUCAACCAGGGAGGUACCGGCGGAGGAUGCAGCACAUCUCAUUCCAGCCGAGCUUUCUUCGGACGAGGAGAAGAUGAGCUUCAUCUCCACCCAGCGCGACCGUCUGCGCUCCUUACUCCGUGCUUUGGAUAAUGAAGCGAAUAAUCUGUCGACCAGUACCGCUGACGCAUCUUCCGCCGCAGCUGGUACAUACUCGGGCGAUGAAGCAAACCUGAGCAAGAGCAGGAGUGAGCUAGAAUUUGAGCCCAUCUCGCGCGAUGAACUUGGAACUGGUGAAAAGGACUCCAAGGCCGCAGCUGCCGCGAAAGGUGGUAGCUGGAUGCCCUGGAGCUGGGGCUAUGGGUCUUCCAAGUCCGCCUUGUCUUCGCCAUCGGAAGAGAAAUCAAAGGAAACUGCUUUCCCUACAGCCCGCGGAGCCUCUUCUGGUGUGGAUAUCUGAUCUCACUUUCACUUGGGGCUAGAUACACAUGUCGCUUCACGUACAGGUACUAGGAGUCUUUACCUUUGGCGUUAUAUAAUUUUCCGUUUUUCUUAUUCCUUUUCUAUCUUUUCCCCAUAAGUUUUCCGCAGAUAUUCCUAUAUUGUUUUGCUCCGAUAGUGCUCUCUCUUCUCUUCUCUACUUUCUUUUUAUUAUUUAUUUUUUUUCUUAUAUUAUAUCCAUUUUU